AUGGUCGCACAGGAUACCAAAGUUGAAUCAGUUAGAAGGGCUAGCAUGUUCAGCCAACCCCAUCCAAACUACGCAUCAUCUUCGUUGUGGCCUCCUGAAAAUAGUUCACAGCUAGCUACGGCAACAGCAUCAGCAAUAUCGUCAUCGAGCAAUUCUGCUCUUCCGUCUUAUAAUAAUCAUUCUGCAGCAAUAGCCUCUGGAGCGUAUUCACCUAAUAAUGCGAGUGCAGCAGAUGCGACACUGUUUAGUAGCAAUGCUGUUGCUGGUACUUCUGCUUUAAUUGGUGUUGCUGGUGCAACUUGUAGUGGUGGAUCUGCUGGUGGUGCUGGCUUGGCAGAUCAAGUCACGAUUCAAGCUCAUCCGCAUUCAUCUUAUCCGAGCAGCCUGUCUACUGCUGUUACUGUUGCAGGCACGUCAUCAAACGGCCCGUCAGCGUGCUGCUCCUCUUCGGUUUCUUCGGCCACAACAAGCACAGCAGCAGCAGGGCCGUCUCAAGUUCCCUCUAUUAUUUCUGUACCCCCUCCACUUUGUUGUGCACCUUCUGCUGCGAACACGAGCAGCAGUAAUUCUAAUUUCAGUAGCCAUCAUCUAAACUCGACGGAUAUCGUUCCCCUUUCACACCAACAUCAUUUACCGUCCACAUCUACGGCUCCUUCAACAGCUAUAUCAUCAACACCUUGUGCUGCUGCUUCUAAUAAUAAUAUUAGUGGUAGUAAUACGUCAGCUACUAAUAAUAUUAUUAGUUUCAAUAAUAAUCCAAAUAGCAGUACUAAUAACAGCAAUAUUAUAAACUCUGAUAAUAGCGCUAAUUCGGCUGCGACGAAUAAUACGGCAAGUGCUGUUACCAGUUCACUUAUAAGUGCUGGCAUCAUUGUUAAUAAUAAUAACAACGCGUCGAAUAACAUAGCGUCAUCAAAGACAUCAGCAAUGAAUAGUAAUUUGUCGUCAAAUCAGCAACAACAGGUUGGAGGACGUACUUAUCGUGAUCCAGCAUAUACGCCACUGAGGAAGUUGAGUGUGGAUCUAAUCAAAACAUAUAAGGGUAUUAAUGAGGUUAGUUGUUUGUUUAGUUAUUAUGCACGAAAAGCAAAAAGGAGACAUGACCAUGGUCAAUGCAUACCAUCUUCAACACAGCAUCAGCAACAACAGCAACACACAAUCAACCAAGAGCAACAACUCCAUAUGGCACCUCCGAUCAAACAGGCUGCACCGUUGAGUCAACAGAUGGGAAUGCAUCAACAUCAACCGUCGGUGACGAAUACGUCAUCGCAGCAACAACAAGUUACAGCACUUCGAAGUGCUGCUGCUGUACCCUUCUUACAGCAGCAACCCUCAUCCCAGUCAACAAUCGCGUCUAUCACGGCCUCCUCACAACAACAAGUGGCCGCACCUCAGAUGAAUGAACGGGAAGUGGCAAAUCCACGUAUGGGCAUACACAACAAUGGGUACGAUGAUGAAAAUCAUGACUACAUCCUUCAGUCGGGUGAAAUUUUCAAUAGCAGGUAUCAUAUCGAGUGCCAUAUUGGAAAGGGUUCAUUUGGUCAAGUUGCGAAAGCUUAUGAUAAUAUCGAACAACAAGAUGUGGCAAUAAAGAUAAUCAAAAAUAAAAAGCCAUUCCAUGACCAAGCACAGAUCGAAAUAAAACUGCUGGAAAUGAUGAACAAACAUGAUUCUGAAUGCAAAUAUUACGUUGUUAAGCUCAAAACUCAUUUUAUGUGGCGUAAUCACUUGUGUCUUGUUUUUGAAUUGCUCUCCUACAAUUUAUAUGAUCUUCUGCGGAAUACAAAUUUUCGUGGUGUUUCGCUGAAUCUUACGAGGAAAUUCGGUCAUCAAUUAGCCACAACGCUAAUGUUUUUGUCAUCGCCUGAAUUGAAUAUAAUUCAUUGUGAUUUAAAACCUGAGAACGUGUUGUUGUGUAAUCCGAAACGGAGCGCAAUAAAAAUUAUUGACUUCGGUUCGUCGUGUCAAAUUGGUCAUCGCAUCUAUCAAUAUAUUCAGUCAAGGUUUUAUCGAUCACCAGAAAUUCUUCUCGGGAUCGCAUACGAUACCGCGAUUGAUAUGUGGUCAUUAGGAUGUAUAUUGGUGGAGAUGCAUACAGGUGAGGCACUAUUCGCGGGUACGUGUGAGCAUGAUCAAAUGAUGCGAAUUGUCGAGGUGUUGGGCAUGCCACCGAAACAAAUGCUUGAUACUGCGCCGAAAACGAAGAAAUUCUUCGAUAAAACUGAAGAUGGUAAUUAUGUUUGUCGUCGUUCACGUGACGGUAAACAUUAUCGCGCACCAGCGCAGCGACGUCUAGCCGAUAUAAUUGGUGUGAAUACAGGUGGACCAGGGGGUCGGCGAUUAGGUGAAAAUGGUCAUACACCUGAAGAAUAUAAUAAAUUCAAGGAUCUAAUCGAAAAGAUGCUGACUUAUGAUCCUCGCGAACGCAUAAGCCCGUUUUACGCGGUACGACAUCCAUUUUUCAAACGGCCCGACGAUAGCUCGACUGGUGGCGGAGCAGGAGGAGCCUCGAGCAGUGGUGCAGGAGCUGGAGGUGGCAUCGGGUCAUCAUCUAGUACAGUUUUACAUCAUCAACGAACAGCAGCAGUAGCACCAUUACAAAGUAUAUCAUUAAGUGCACAUCAACAACCACCACUUCUACUACAGCCUGCAAGUUUAUCCCAACAACAGCAACUUCCACAUUCAUCAAGUCAACAAACUUUGGUGGCGACCGCAUCAGCACCGUAUCAUGCAACACAGAUGAUGCAGGCUGGAGGAGGAGCACCGCAACACCAUCAGCCUCAUGCUCAACAACAACCAUACAUGGAAGAUGCAACAACAAGCUUAACAAAUCAAAUGGACUGUUCCGAUUCAACCGCAUUACUCAUGCAACAACCGAAUCACUGUGCGAUCAUACCGCCCUCUCAGGUCAAUGUAGCUCCUCCUACUGUUUCGAAUAACUUCCAUCAUCAACAAAUGAUGCAUUGUACUGCUGCCGGUCCUACUCAGCAUAAUCCCUACUCGUGA